AUGUGUAGAGGACUUACUUCACCAGGUGCAAGAAUGGAAGUUGAUGUUCCAGAGGCCUCCAUUGUUGCUAUUAUGGCAGAGGGCAAGAAGCAUGCCUGUGCCGUUGGUCUUACAAAGAUGUCCACUCAAGAUAUACGUUCAAUCAACACUGAUAUUGGUGUGAUCAACAUUCAUUACUUGGGCGAUGGUCUAUUCACAACUCCUACAUUGGAA